CACGCUAGGCUCAGUGGGUCCCAGCGAUUGGUUGAGGCCGGCUCGAGCCAGAGGGCGAUUUACGGCAGCGGCCGAACGUGACGGAGGGUAGCCUCCCCCCUGACGCGGUGGCGGCUUUGGCACCGGCGCUGCCCUCAGAGUCAGGACCCGAGGAGAAGGCGAGGCUGAGGGGACGGCGGCGGCUGCUGCCCCAACGAGGAAGUUUUGUAGAACAUCCUGGAGUCCACCAUGAAUGGGCAGUUGGAUUUAAGUGGAAAGCUAAUUAUUAAAGCUCAGCUUGGGGAAGAUAUUCGGAGAAUUCCCAUUCAUAAUGAAGACAUUACUUAUGAUGAAUUAGUGCUGAUGAUGCAGAGAGUUUUCCGGGGGAAACUUCAGAGUAACGAUGAGGUUACUAUAAAGUAUAAAGAUGAAGAUGGAGAUCUUAUAACAAUUUUCGAUAGUUCUGAUCUUUCCUUUGCAAUUCAGUGUAGCAGGAUAUUGAAACUAACACUGUUUGUUAAUGGGCAGCCAAGGCCUCUUGAAUCAAGUCAGGUGAAAUAUCUCCGUAGAGAAAUGAUAGAACUUCGAAACAAAGUGAAUCGUCUGUUGGAUUGUUUAGAACCACCUGUUGAACCUGGACCUUCUACCAGUCUCCCUGAAAAUGAUACUGUGGAUAGUAGGGAAGAAAAACCCACUGCUUCUGAUUCUUCAGGCAAACAAUCUACCCAAGUGAUGGCAGCGAGUAUGUCUGCUUUUGAUCCAUUAAAAAAUCAAGAUGAAAUCAACAAAAAUGUCAUGUCAGCAUUUGGUCUGACAGAUGAUCAGGUUUCAGGACCACCCAGUGCUCCUGCAGAAGAACGUUCUGGAACACCAGAUAGCAUUGCUUCCUCCUCAUCUGCAGCUCAUCCACCAGGUGUUCAGCCACAACAGCCACCAUAUACAGGAGCUCAGACACAAGCAGGUCAGAUUGAAGGUCAGAUGUAUCAACAGUACCAACAACAGGCCAGCUAUGGUACUCAGCAGCCACAAGCUCAGCCUCCACAACAAUAUGGUAUGCAGUAUUCAGGCUACAGUCAGCAGGCUGGACCCCAACCUCCUCAGCAGUUCCAAGGAUAUGCUCAACAACCAGCCUCCCAGCCCCCAGCACCUGGCUUUUCUGGACAGCCUCAGCAGCUGCCUGCUCAGCCUCCUCAGCAGUACCAAGCGAGCAGUUACCCUGCACAGAAUUACACUACUCAAGCUUCUCAGCCUGCCAGUUACACCCCUGCCUCUCAACCUGGAAUGGCUCAAAGUCAGCCAGGUGCCUAUCAACCAAGACCGGGCUAUACACCACCUCCUGGAAGUACUAUGACACCUCCUCCAAGUGGGCCUAACCCUUAUUCACGUAACCGUCCUCCCUUUACUCAGGGUUAUACCCAGCCUGGACCUGGUUAUCGAUAGGGAAACUCAGCUGCUUAUUGAUUAUGUUACAGGUAAAUGCAGCUGUUAGCUACCUUCCAUCCCAACAGACUCAAUACUACUUUUAAUUUGUAUUAAAGUUCAGAAACUCAGAAAAAAAAAGAGGCAGAGCAUUCUUUAUGGUAUCACUGUUGCCGUUAAUUGAAAGUAUAAUUUGCUGGAAUAAAAGACCAAAACAAAUCUUCAUUUCCCCCUGCUUUAAAUUGUAUCAGCUUCCUAGUUUUUUUUUUUAAUUUUGAAACACUACCCUAAGUCUGUGUAAAGUGGUUGAAUUCUAGCUUGCCUUGUCCAGAGGAUAUUAAAAUGCUAGGUUGGUUGAGAUUUAGCCAUGUUCUCUGGCUUGUUUUUACUAUUAACAUGAUGUACUAAAUUAGAUCCCUUUGAGAUAAAAACUAGGUAUUAUGUUAAAAUGGUAACAUUGACAUUGAAUGGCUAAUAAAAUGAUUGAAUCCA